AUGGCAUGGGGCCCAAGCAAGCGGAAUGAGUCACAGGCAACUUGUAGCGAAUAUAUGGCCGCCCAAAACGAUGAAAUGUCAGCUCCGAGGGAGGUGCAGAGGCAAGCAUCACUACCGCAGACCGACGAGUCACGCGGCUUGUCCUAUAGAUAUGAUAAUGCUCAGCCGACCCCAGUGGAUUUACUGCAGCUGUGCCGAGAUAUGGAAGAACACGACUUCAUACUGGGUCUCCAAAACCCGUUCCCCAUAUCAUCACUCGCCCCACCACGACUCAGCUUGAGCCAGGCCACAUCCCCUUCAGUUCGUACCGAGGAAAACAACGAGUUAGUGCAAGGCUUAAUCCAGAUCCUUGGACAGCCACGAUUCUCCAGCAGACACCUACCACGGACGAGCCCCGCCGAGGGGAUCAUGGUGCAGGAAUACUGGCCCCAUGACCCCGACUUCCAACGUAUGAGUGAAUACUCCGGGGUUGCCCCCGAGGAUCAGACGCCCUGGAACCCUACGAUUGGCAGACGUGAGGCCUUCUGGAAUGGAUGGAAGGUUGGGACUGCACAUGGGUACACCACGGACUGUAGCGUCAGUAUCGAUCACCCGCCUGCGGCUGAGCGUAUUCCGGGAUACCUGAACGGAUUCAUAGAAGGCUAUAGUACUGGAUAUGAAGCGGGGAGGGAAGAGAGGCAACGUAUGCAAAGGGAAAGUUCGUCUCAGUUGACACAGCACGAGGCGGCGCGCAUCGACGCGAGAGGCCGGGAGGUACAAAGAUCCCUCGAGCUCCGCCUGAGAGCAAUAUGGCAAGUUCCUACGGAGCUAUAA